UCCGGCGCGACCAGCUGACGCACAUUGAGAAGAGAAAAAGAGGCUGCAAAUAAAAACAGGGUGAUUUUUGCGCCUCCCUCGAGGAGCGCAUCAACCAGAGUGUCCGAACGUAAGACACCCAGCCGGCGGCGCUUCUUUUGAUCGGGCCUGCCAUUAAUUUUGAGUUUCGACUUUCUCGUGCGGACUAGAGAGUGAAUUUUCGAAAAUGUUGCAGAUUCCCAAGAUGAAGAUUCUCAUUUACGCGCUGACAUUUCUGGGGUACGCGUACAGCGGCUACGGGUCGGGCGCCCUCAACAACCUGAGGGACGCGGUGCUGGCCGCGGAGACCGUCUUUCAGGACGUGCUCGGCAAUGUCGUCACUGUGGCCAGGCGUUUCAGGGACAUCCACAGUGUAUUCGACGCCGCCGUAGAGGAGACAUGUACUUUUAAGUGCAAUAAUGGUGGGUUAGCAGUUCGAAAUAAAUAUCACACACCAAAUUCCGAUGGAUGCGGCUCUCUUGGAGUAACAAUUGACGAGGAGUACUUGCCUGUGGCUGAAAUGACCGAAUGCUGCAACCAGCAUGACAUUUGUUACGACACUUGCAAUGUCGAUAAAGAAAAGUGCGACUUUGACUUCAAAAGGUGUCUCUACAAGAUCUGCGAGGCCCACCAACACAUGGGCGAACCUUUUGUAAAAGGUUGCAAGGCGGCGUCUAAAAUGCUAUUCACCGCCACAAUGACUCUCGGCUGCAAAUCCUACAUGGACAGCCAGACAGAGGCUUGUUACUGUUUGCCACCCAAGAACAAUAAGUACAACAAGUACACGACUGGUGCCGACAAGAAAGAGUUGUGAUUAUUUUUCAUGAGUGCUCAAGAAACAAAAGAGACGAGUGGAUGGUUUUGAUAAAAUGUGAAAAAUUAAUGUCCUAGUCAAUGAUAAAGGAAGUGCAGCUUCAAUUGGAUGAAAUUUAAUGAUUCUCAAUUAUUGUAAUUCUUAAUUAAAGUUAACAAAUCCAAAGAAGGCAAUUUAACAAACCAUUUUUAUUUAACCUCUGAUAUGGAAGAUGUGCCGAGGGUGAUGGAAAA